GCCCAAUAAUUCCAAUUAAGUUAUUUAUUUGUUCGGCCCAAAUAAAAAAGCCAUGCUUAUUUUGAUUUAUUGAAGAUUCCGUAGUAAGAAAUAUAGAGGGGUAGUUUUGACAAUUCCUUCACCAUCCACAACAAACAUGCUGCAGCUCGCCCUGCCACACUGGUACAGAGUCUGUUACACACACACACACACAACGUACCACGCACGCAUUCCGCGCAUUUUAGCCAGCAAGCACACUCUUAUUUCCUUGCAAUUUUCAUUUUCUCCUCACGUUUUCGGAAUCUCCUCUCCUGAACUGAAUCACUGUACCGUAAAACCUUUUCGGAACUUGAGUAGCAUGGAAGAACAGAAUCAUGAAAAUCGUUUGCAGUUUCUACCACUGCCUAUUAAUUGGAUGGCACACAAUGCUUCUGGUUUGUACAGCGAUCGUGAUGCAAACGAACACUAUACCAUGACCCCAGGGGUUAAUGGAAUAUAUCCGGAAUUUUUUCCAGUUCCUCAAUGGGUGCAUCCCCCACAAAUACCUCAAAACUAUGUUGAGUUUCUUACAGAGAGGGGGUACCAUGAAAUCUCGAGGCAAAUGCCCUACGACAUCACAAAACAAGUACCUGGUUCGACGCUAGUGGGUCCUCCUCAGUUGGAAGAAUAUCUGAGGCCGCAUAAUGAAAGAAAUUUUGUUACAGCAUUCACAGGCUCUGAAGAUCAACCUGGUAUUCAGAAACAAAAUCGGAAGAAUGAAGAAUCCAGUAAUGCUUUUCAAGCUUAUUCAGGUUCUGGAGCUGCUUCGUCAAAAGGCACUUCUGAAGCCCGUCGAAAAAGAUCGAAGGAGAAAGCCAUUGCUGCUGAUCGUCGUCGAAGGUUGAGAAUAUCACAUGGGCUGGAUGCAUUACAGGAAUUGGUACCUCACUCGAAGGAGAUAAGAUCGAAAGAGGCUGCCAAAAUGGCUUUGCUGGAUGGUGUCAUUGACCAUGUCAAGUAUUUGCAAUGUCAGUUGAAGGAUCUGUGUCAAAACAGAUUGGGAAGCGAACCAAUUAGUAAUUCUUUAAUAUUCUUCGAGGGACACGGACAUUAUAUGUUGAAGGACCAGAUGCUCAGUGGGCCUCUCGAAGAGGUAAUGGGGAAGUUGAUCGAUUUUUAUCCUUCAGCAGCUACUGAAUUGUUACAGAGCAGAGGUCUUAUAGUGAUGCCCAUGACUUAUGCUGAGGAAUUAAUUGAACCCACAGAGAUGUUGGACAUGCAGGAAAAUUGUCCAUUUAUGACCAUCAAGUGAAUAUAUGCACAGUUGAUGUGACGGUAGUGCAUCGGUUGCCAUCCAACGUGACAUCACCUCUCUCAUGAGUGGUUCUUUAGAGGUAAAAUGAAGUGGUUUUGAAUUUAACUAUAGUUGGAGCUUUACAAUUAGAAUCAAAUCAGUCUUCAUCUUUUGCAAACUCACUCAUACUUCUCGAAAAAACGACGAAUAAUCAUACCUACCUUCAUCUUUGAUUUUCUGA